AUGGAGCUGGAACCGAGUAAGAUUGUGGACUUUCACUAUGAAUACACCAACGUGGACGAUAAGCCGGCAAAGCUGGUGUACGCAAUCGAAAUCCCGUACAAAGGAAGUGUGGCCGAGUUGAGCCACCAGAUCGUGUCCGUUCGGAUGGAUCCAAUAAUGAAGUUUCUCCGGGCGGAUCGGAACCUUCUCCAAACGCUGGAAUCAUUUAUCGAGCGUGAAAAUCAAACGUUCUACGAUGACCGGGAUGAGCUGCUGUUGGAAAAGUUUCGCAAUGGAACACCGGACGUGGACACGUUGGCGCUCGACACGGAGAAACUCUACCGGGAGGAGAUACUCGAGUUUGCCGAUCGGAUUGGACCCACGGAUGAGGAAAUAUUCGCCCAAAGCUACCAUCAGCUGGUGCAUUCGUCACUGCUGCCAGAAAUAUUGAGCAAAGAGCGCGAGUAUGCACGUACCAUUUCCAGUUUGGCCACACAAAUGACACAGCAGAUAACCACGAUGAACACGCUGCAUCAGGAGGAGAUAGAUUCGAAAAUUAAACUGCUGGACAUAUCGAUAACGCCGGAAAACAUUAAUCACAUGUUGGCCAAGCAGUACGGCAUGCAGAAUAUGAUCCGGAAACAGUGCGAGUCGGAGCUGGAAUCAACACGGGGACAUCAGAAACACGAGUACCGGAACUGGGUAACGCAACAUGUAGAUGAAAGCUUUCUGGGCCAUUCCGAAAGCCCGACCCAGAUCGGUAACCGGUGGUCGAUGAUUUCCACCCAGGCCCCAUCGAUGGAGGAAAGCUUCACCAUCCAUCUGGGGUCACAGCUGAAGCAUAUGCACAAUAUACGCAUUCUCAGUACGCGCGUGUCGGAUCUAUGCAGUCCGCUUUACGGUGAUGCAUCGUUCGGUGGACCAAAUGUGGCAUUGGGAUUGUAUUCCAGCUCACUGUGUGGUAUCGUAGUGCUGACGCCGUCCGGUAAGAUAACGCCCGAUCGGGAGAUACGACGAAAUGCCAACAUGUCGACGGAAUUUCACUUCGAUCAGAUCGAUCGACAGAUUGAAAAGAUACAGGAAGAUUUGCGGAACCUUCAGCAUGGUUCUGCGGUUGAGGCGGGUGGUGCACAAAGCCUAGCGGCUGCUGCUGGACGGCGACCAGAUCGUACGGUGGUGACGGUAAAGCCGGGCGAUGCAUUUAUAACGCGCCAUUCCAAUCUGUCCCACUCGCAUGUCAUCUUUCAUCUCAUAUCGGAUGAAACAUUCCAAAGCCCGAGUGAAAUAAAUUCCCGCCAUCCUGUGAUAUUGGGGUUACGCAAUAUAUUGAAAAUUUCCAGCCGGCAUGACAUCACCACGUUGACCAUACCAGGUUUACUGAGGCACGAAAUGUCCGAGGAUAUGACCGUCAGCUGGUGCAUAAGGCGUGCGGAGUUGGUGUUUAAAUGUGCCAAAGGUUUCAUGAUCGAAUCGGCCAGUUGGGGUGGAGCUGAACUGAACACGUUGCAGCUACUGUUACCACACGACAUUUCGGAGGAGUUGUUCCGCACGCUCGCCGACAUGGUACCACACGUGUUUCGUGUGGCAAAUCCAAAAAUUCUCCAAUGA